AUGUCUAAAUCGGAUAUAGAGCAGAUCUCAGAUACAUCAGAAGCCGACGGUACCUCUACACCAGUCAAGCCUACGCUCUUCCAGCGAUGGAAGGCCCAUAUGAAGAAAUGGUGGUGGAUUUACCUGAUAGCCUUCUGCAUUAUCGUCUUGGUGACUGUCCUGCCUAUCAUUUACGUGGGAGUUCCUAACUUCGCCAACAACUAUAUCAAUAACAAUAACUUUGAUACUUCCGGACUCACCAUCUCAAAUCCCACUCCGGACUCGUUCCAUAUUCGCCAAUCUCAAGAAUUUCACGUUGGGGGUGGAUUCAGUGGCAGCGGCAAGCUCUCUGCCUUUAAUGCAUCACUCAGUGCCCCUGGGUCGGACAAGACCUUUGCUACUUUCCCCGUCCCGGAGAUCGAGUUCAGCGAUGGCGCCACCCUCGACAUAGAUCAGGAUCUGCACCUUUCUUGCGUUAGUUGCUUCUCGCAGUUAGCGGCGUCCGCGGUCUCGAGUAAAGACUUCGGCAUUGUCAUUUCCGGAAAUCCAGAUCUCAAGGUCAAGGGCCUUCCCACUGCUCAACUAGAUAUUCACAAGAACAUGAAGAUGCAAGGCUACAACGCCCAGGAGUUCCUCAACCGCGAUGGCGCAUUCAACGUAACCGAUAUCCAUAUCUUCGAACCCCCAAAGAAAGGCUACAACUUGAACGCCACCGUAGCAUUCAAAAACCCAACCCCAUUCAACGUCGAAGUGGGCUCCGUCGGUUUCAACCUCACCGUAAAUGGCGAAGACCUCGGCUACAUCGACAUCCCAAAUCUAACCCUGCGACAUGGUCUCACCAACGCCGAUAUCCUGGGCAAUAUCAGCAUCAAGACUCUCGUACGUCAGGGCAUCUAUGAUGCCAGCACCGAGGAACUGGGCAAGGUAACGAUUGGGCUGCAUGGCAAUCGUUGCAUAUAUGAUGGCAAGGAGAUUCCGUAUUUUACGGCGGCGUUUAAGGCCGUCAAUGCGUCGCUGGAUGUGGAUUUGUUUAAAUAUGCGAAGGGUCUUUUGUGA